AUUGUCCCUCGUAGUCGGAACAAUUAUCGCAACAACCGACUAAUUAGUCUGACAUCAAAGAAACAAGAUAGAACAAACAGAUUAAACCAGCUCGGCCAUGUUCAGUCGCUUCAUAUUUGUUCUGUGCUUAUACCACCUCGCGGUCCAGGGUGCCUCCAUCGACAAUGGAACAUCCACAUCUGAUUACCAUGAAAACAUUACAUCAGUUAUCCAUAAUGAAGUAGCAAAUGUUAGUGUUAAAAAUGUGACGGUUUCACGUCACAGGACUUUUUCCGUUGAUGAGUUGUUGACAAAAACUUUUCCAAAAAAGAGUUCUAAUGAUACUGGAGUAAAUCCUUGUAAGGCAGACGUUUUCCUGGACGACAUCGCAAUAACAUUCGCCGACUCCAGAAAACGUUACAUACCUCGGGACUCUGAAGACGACCAGGAAAAGCACAAGCUCAUAUCGGAAAAUGCCAAGAAAAUCCUGGAAAAAAAGAAAAUCUGGAAAUCAUCUCCACCAGAUCCUGUACCACAUAGAGUCCAGAAAAGAGCUGCGGCAACCACAAUAAAAGACCGUUUAUGGGAUGACGGUAUAGUGCCUUACGAAAUUGAUGAAACCCUCAGUGGUUUCCGAAAAGCGUUGGCCAAACAAGCAAUGCGACAUUGGGAAAAUCACACUUGUUUGAAAUUCAUCGAACGAAAUCAAACCGAAAAUAUCGAUUAUGUGUUUUUUACUGAGAAACCUUGCGGUUGUUGUUCGUUUGUUGGUAAAAGAGGUAUAGGAGCUCAAGCUCUAAGCAUAGGAGAAAAUUGUGCUAAAUUCGGAAUCGUAGUGCACGAAAUAGGCCACGCGAUUGGUUAUUACCACGAGCACACACGGCCAGACCGUGAUAGCUAUGUGCAAGUGUUCGAAGAGAAUAUAAUGAAAGGUCAGCAAACCAACUUUAAUAAACUGCCGACCGAUCAAGUGACUUCGUUGGGAUUAAAGUACGAUUACGACUCCAUAAUGCACUACGCCAGAAAUACGUAUUCGAUAAACGUAUUUUUGGAUACUAUUCAGCCUAUUGCUAUUACUCAGGGCAAAGUUCCGGAAAUUGGUCAAAGAAUUGGAUUGAGUUCCGGCGACAUUCAACAAACUCAGAUUUUAUAUAAUUGUCCCAAAUGUGGUAGAAGCUUCCAGACAAAAACAGGCACUUUUUCCUCGCCUCCGAUCGACCCAAACUCAGCUUUGCCAAGUGCUUCGUGUGAAUGGCGGAUCUCAGCUACGCCGGGUGAAAAAAUUAUUUUGAACAUUACUUCGAUGGAUAUUGUCAAGUCAACGAAUUGUUCCAGCGAUUAUUUGGAAGUUAGAGAUGGAUAUUCGAAAAAGUCUAAGUUAAUGGGUCGUUAUUGUGGUCGCGGUGACAUCUUCGACCUCAGAACGGAAUCAAAUCGAAUGCUAGUGACUUACGUAACAGAAAACCCCAAAGAAGAAAACAAUUUUGUGGCCAACUUCGAGGUAGUUUGCGGCGGAGAGCUUCAAUUAGACUCGGAAGGUUACCUGGCCUCACCAAACUACCCUUACGAUUACCAACCGAACAAGGAAUGUUCCUGGAAGAUCACCGUGUCCAAAACUUAUCAAGUGGCAAUCAAAUUCUUAACAUUUGACUUGGAACAUCACGUUGAUUGCAGCUACGAUUACGUCACUAUCCAAAAUGGAUUAGAAGAAAAUUCUACUGUCGCUAAUACGCUUUGUGGCACAAUUGUUCCAGAUCCAGUAAUAUCUUCAACAAAUGAAAUGACUGUAAAGUUUUUUAGUGACAAGUCCAAUCAACGUGGAGGCUUUUCAGCAAAAAUCAUUGCAGAAUUCAACGAAUGCGAAAAAACCGAGCACGGAUGCGAACAACUUUGCAUCAACACCCUGGGAAGUUUCAUGUGCUCGUGCCAUCCAGGAUUCGAGCUUCAUUCAGACAAAAAAAGCUGCGUGGACGCGUGCGGAGGCAAAUUCACAUCACCCAAUGGCACCGUAACUUCGCCCUCCUUCCCCGAGCUGUAUCCGCGCAACAAAAAAUGUGCCUGGGAAAUAGAAGCUCCGCUAAAACACGUGGUGUUUUUCAAUUUUACCCAUCUGGAUUUGGAGGGCAACAAUUACGAUCAGCAAUUUUGCGAGUACGAUCAAGUCAAUGUGUCUAGUUUGUUGAGUAAUGGGAAAUAUAAGCUGCACGGUUCGUUUUGCGGUAGCAAGAAGCCGAAGAUAAUCGCUUCUGAGAGCAAUUUGCUUCAGGUUACUUUUGCAACUGAUGACAGUGUCCAGCAGACUGGAUUUGCCGCUGUAUAUUUUGUUGAUUUGGACGAAUGCGCUACCAGAAACGCCGGUUGCGAACACGAUUGUACCAACACCCUGGGCAGUUACCAGUGCUCUUGUCGCACCGGAUUCACUUUGCACGAAAACAAAAAAAGUUGCAUCGAAGGCGAUUGCGUCCACGACAUUUUCGUGCCGCCCUACGGUUCCAUCAGCAGCCCCAACUACCCCAAGUACUAUCCGGCUUCGAAAGAUUGCGCCUGGCACGUGCGAGCCUUGCCAGGCCACCGGAUCCGCCUGGCUUUUAUGAAUUUCAACUUGGAAGCGCACCCGGAAUGUUAUUUCGAUUACGUGCAAAUUUUCGACGGAGAUUCGUCGAAAUCGAGCCAGAUUGGACGGUAUUGCGGGCCUAGAGUGCCCCAGUUGAUUGUGUCUUCGGACAAUCAACUUUAUAUGACUUUCAAAUCGGAUAGUAAUAUUCAUAAGAAAGGGUUUUGGGCUACAUAUUCCACUCAAUGUGGUGGUAUUCUACAAGCAACUCAAGAAAAGCGUCAAAUUUACUCUCACUCCAGUUAUGGAAAUGCUACUUACUCUCCAAUGACCUCAUGCGAUUGGUUUAUUAUAGGAAAUGAAGGAUACAACAUUAAGCUUACUUUCAAAGCUUUUGAUUUGGAAAAUGAGGAAGAAUGCUCCUACGACUUUGUUGAAGUAUUCGAUGGACUGGAUAGUGGAGGGACUAGUUUUGGAAAAUUUUGCGGCAACCAGACUUCUCAAGAUUUGACUUCUACCCAAGAAGGUAUGGUGUUGAAAUUUAGGACAGACGAUCGAAUAGCAGGCCGCGGAUUUAUUUUAGAAUAUGAAAUCGUCGAGAGUUUGUAUAGUUUGGAAGAAUACGACACUCCUUUAGAUAAAUAGGAUGUAGUAUCAGAUAUUUUUUUGUGAUAUACAUAGGCCUAGUUGUAUAGGUUCCAGUUAAAAAGGCUUAGAUUUGUUUAGAAAACUUAUAUUGCUAAUUCUCACAAACCUAUUUUGUCAGUUAAAAAUGGCAGUUAUUUGUACUAUAGUUGUAAAUAUAGAUUAAGCAAAAAUGAUAAUAAAUGAUUUUGCAUUAUUUUGAACCAGGAAAAUUCUUUCUCUCAAAUCACUUGAUUUGUAGAGUUUUAAAGAUUUUAGAAUCUUUUUGGCAUCUUUAGAGCAUUUAGAGGCUUUGGUCGAGCUUUGAUUACCCUCUGUUACAAAUUUCUCCAAUCUUGCAACACUGCCAAGAUAACUAUAUAGAAAAUUCGCAAUAGAGACGAACGGAAGCAAAUUUUCUAGACAUUUCUAGAAGCAUUGACUCGCUAUAAAAUAAUGAAACAUGCUCCUAUUAUACAAUGUACUUUAUUAAUUCUAUAAUUUAACAAUAAAAUAGGAGAAAAUAUUGAAAACGGAAAAAAAUCCAUGAAUAUUAAACCUAAGCUCCCUCUAGGGCACAAUCCAGAAGGAGUAUAAUAUAACAGCUAUAAUAAUAAUUCUAAAAAUAAUUAAUUAAUUAGGAAAAAUGCUAAUAACUAUAAAUAACAAUAAUAAAUGCAAUAAUAAAAUAUUAAGUAGCACAACAUGAUGAAAUAAAUUUUAAGUAAAAUACAUUGUUUUUCUUUUUGUAUGGGAUCCGAUCAAAAGAUCUUAAAUAAAAGCCUAAACAUAUUUUAAUAUACGAACUGGAUGGGAAUAUGGCACUGAAAAUCCUUCAAUAGAAACCCAUAUCACAAUAAUUAAUGUAACAGUAAAUCUCUACCAGUCUUUUUUUUUUUGGAAAAACAUUUAAGUAUGCUUGUCCCGACCAGACGGAACAAGCCUAAAAACACAAAAAAUAAAAUAUUUUGAUGUAUUCGUAUAAUUAAGAGUUACAUUUUCGCAGGUGUAAAGGUAAUAAAAACACCAAAAACUACUAUAUUAUUUUUGUUUGCCCUAAUCUCCGUAUACUAAGGUGGCUUUGUACAAAAAUUUUUUUAGGCUACAACUAUUUACAUUUAGGAAUAUUUUUUGUAACCAGCUGUUUUAGGUUCAAAAUUUUCCCUAAAAGGUCUAUUUACAUAAAAAAAAUUGCGGGUUUCCAUGUCAAAUAUUAAAAAAUCGACAUAUUUUCUGCCUGUGUCAUUAAGUUACUGUAAACUUUUGAUACAGAAUUAUUGUUCAAAAAAUAUCCAACAAUUACUAUGAGAAAGACUAAUCCAGUAACUUGAUGACGUAAAUAAAAUCCAAUUAUUUAUGGCAAAAUAAAACUAUAUUUGAGAAACCGAACAGGGCCUCAUUGCUUUUCUCCAAUCAAAUCUAACUAAAAAAAAAACAUCCCAAUCACAUUUUCUCAUAUCGUCAUGCUCUCAUGACGAAAACACCCUGUAUACAUUUUACUCUCUCAUAGCUUUUUAUUGCUGUCGCUUUUCUUCUUCCAACAUUGCGUCCAAUUCAUCCGUCAAAUUGGCCAACAUGUUACCAAUAUCGUUCAGGACAUCUACUGGCUCAGCC